AUGGCCGGUGCGGGAGGCAGCAGGGGGGGCGGCGGCGUGGUCCGCGACGUGGAUGCGCUUGAGGGCGUGCGCUCCAUCGUGCUAAAGCCGUCGGAGUCGCUCGACGAGUUGCGGUUCACGAGGAUUGCCGGCGCCGACUUCAACGACCCGGGCCUCGGACUCGAGGGGCUGCUCGCCUCGCUUGCAAGCACGGGGUUCCAGGCAUCCAACCUCGGUGACGCCAUCGACGUCGUCAACCAGAUGUUAGAUUGGAGGUUGUCGCAUGAGAAGCCCACUGAGGAUUGUGAUGAAGCUGAACUUGACCCUAAAUAUAGAGAAUCUGUGAAGUGCAAGAUAUUUCUGGGCUUCACUUCAAACCUCGUGUCUUCUGGCAUCCGGGAUAUAAUCCGUUUUCUAGCUCAGCAUCACAUGGUGGAUGUUAUUGUUACAAGUGCUGGGGGUAUAGAGGAGGAUCUCAUUAAAUGCCUUGCACCAACUUACAGAGGUGAUUUUUCUUUACCUGGAGCACUGCUGCGGUCAAAAGGACUGAACCGGAUAGGAAAUCUGUUGGUGCCCAAUGAUAACUAUUGCAAGUUUGAGAACUGGAUCAUGCCACUCUUUGACCAGAUGCUACGGGAGCAAUCUACUGAGAAUGUUUGGACUCCGUCAAAGGUGAUAGCUCGUCUUGGCAAAGAAAUAAACGAUGAAAGCUCCUAUCUUUAUUGGGCAUACAAGAAUAACAUUCCUGUAUACUGCCCAGCGUUGACUGAUGGUUCACUUGGAGACAUGCUGUUCUGUCAUGCAGUUCGUAAUCCUGGCCUUAUUAUUGACAUUGUACAAGAUAUACGACUGAUGAAUGGGGAAGCCAUCCAUGCAACACCAAGGAAGACAGGGAUUAUAGUUCUUGGUGGAGGCCUUCCAAAGCAUCAUAUAUGCAAUGCCAAUAUGUUCCGUAAUGGUGCAGAUUAUGCUGUCUAUAUUAACACGGCCCAAGAGUUUGAUGGUAGCGAUUCUGGAGCACACCCUGAUGAAGCAGUCUCAUGGGGCAAGAUCAAGGGUUCAGCAAAACCUGUAAAGGUGCACUGCGAUGCAAGCAUCGCUUUCCCGCUUGUUGUUGCUGCGACAUUUGCACGUAAGGUUCACAGCUCCAAAUGA